UAUCCAACUCAGUGCCCAUACCGAUUUUGAGCAUCAUCCGUCAACAUGUCAUACCCUCCCCCAAAAAGAAGAUGAAAAGAAAUCUGCUGUAAAGAACAUUUUCCCGCCAACCUUCCCCAUCGCCAGCCCUUCAAUUGUUUGACACCGCUCGGCUGAGCCGCAUCUUGGAGCCCCUCCCCCCCUUUUCCGCUUCGCUGAUUUCCGUCCCCGUUCAGCUCCAUGCUGUCCCCCGUGAAUCGGUAGUCCGGCCCCGAACAUCGUCAUUCACCGCCCAUGACGUCCCGUGGAACCGACAACCCCGAGUUGGACCUUGCCGUCAAGGGUUCCCUGCCUUCUUCCUCGUCGUCAUCUCUCCUUCCGCCGCCAGCAUCGUCUCCGCUCUCCUCCCUUUCUUCUGUCCCCCGUCCGCGUCCUCCUCUACCCCCGGGCAAUCUGCUCGAUUCUGCCCCGUGUUCACCCCCACAGGUUUAUCUCAAUCUUCUUAUAUUGGAAGCUUCCCUCCGGAGUCAGUAUCUGCAUCACCUGGCUCGACGUCGCAAAUCUACCUUCUUUCUCCUGUUGCUGUCUUUGUGGGUGGGCUUCUUUUUCUACCGGCUAUUCUUCCUCGGCCGCUCUCCUUAUUAUUACCUAUCCCUUCUUGAGAGGAUCGGCUUCGGUGGGGGCGUUGUGACGGGAUGUCUAUACUACGCUACGGGUCUCUACCACAGGUCCAUCGUCGAGCCGCGGCGAUUCGUCUACCUAGCCAAUCGGGGCCUUCGUGGAUUUAAUGUCAAGUUAGUGAAGAUUCCCUUGUCCUACAGGGAAUGGGUGCUUUGGUGGUGGGAUUGGUACACGUUUAGUCCUCCUCCGGUUUCGCCACAUUUACCGCCGGCUCGACGUGCUUCGACUGCCAAGAGGAGGACAUCCUCGGUUCACGCGAGACGGCCUGCACCUCCGAUACAUAACCACGGUCACACGGCCUCCAUAUCCGCUACAAUGGUUGGUGGGAAAAGCUCGUCGUUGCUGGCUCCACCUAUGGAGGAAACCGUGGGAGAUGGCGACAACGAUGAGGUGGAAGAAUAUCUACCCGGGGGCCUUCACCUAAAAAUCGUUAUCCUGCCCAAGAGGUUCACACCGGACUUCCGUGAGGGAUGGGAGAUAUACAGGGCAGAGUAUUGGGGGCGUGAGAAUGAGAUCCGGGCAAACCACCGCAAAGAGCUUUAUCGCUGGCACAAGAGCAAGUCCAAGUCAAGCACACCCCCGCCUCCACCUCCUCAGCUUGACCCCGUGGUGACUUCCGUAAGAACCAGAAGGAAUUCGGCGUCUCGCCCGCCCUCUGUAUCUUCCCGUGCGGGAACGCCCGAGCCUGAUUCUGGGAUAGCGCCUGCGGGGACAAGACAGAGAAAGGGCAGUCUGGUAACGAAGAGACGGCCCAACCUGGCGCCAGGACUGCGAUCUGCAAGCGCGGCAUCUGGUGAAAUAUCGGACUCUGGGUCCACCACCAGUGCUCUGGAGGAAACCAGGCGGAGGCGUAGUGAGAGCCCAGUUACGGAUAGAAGUAGCUCUUCGACGGCGGGAUCAGCCAAGAAAAAGGCAAGCGGUAGGGGACGAGGGAGGGGGAGGAAAAACUGAUGAUUAGAUGUAGGUCGUUACUUUUCUUUUCCGCCUUUGGUUUUUCUUCUUCUUUUCGAAAUAUCACAUAUCAUGAUGCUAGGGGAUGGGUUUGUUCUUUUUGCC